UUGUUGUGAUGACUGAUGUUGUGAUUAAUUUUUAUGCUUGUGAGUUGUAACUUUAAAUUUUGUUGGAAAAAUAUUUAACUGAAAUUCACAAAAACUGUUUAAUAUCAGUGCUAUUUCCGCUAUCGGAUCGUCAGACAUUCGAAUACAUGUGGCUAUUCCUAGAUAAAUAUUUUUUCGUGAAAUGUUGAUAAUUAUUUACCACAUCGAGUGUCGAUAUCGCAAAACACGGACGUUUAUAACGUCUAACGCUUAUCUGAAUUCAUUAGAAAAACGUUUACAAUGCGUGUAAACUUACGAAAAUUUUUAAUUAUCGGCAUAUGUGUAAUAUGUGCUUGGCUUCUGUUUUCGUACACUACUUAUAAUAUACGUUCAUAUUUUUCGCUUUCUAAAGACAGUUCUAAAAAAUCAUUAGUUGAAUUGGAAACUAGACUGGAGAAAUUACAAGAACAGUUAGAUGAUGAUGUGAGUUGGGGUAACAAAUUAUUAAAUAAAAUGAAGCAUCAUUUGAAAAAGCAAAAUGAAAAACAAUUUGUGAUUGAACAGGAUAGUAUUAUUGACAUUAAAAGUUUAAAUCCAAUCCUUCCAGUAUUAGUGAUUGCUUGUGACAGAAUAACAGUGAAGCGGUGUUUAGAUAAUUUAGUUAAAUUUAGACCAGAUAAAGAAACUUUCCCAAUUAUAGUUAGUCAGGAUUGCGGUCACAACGCGACGUACCAAAUGAUAAGGUCUUACACAGAUUCGGAUCCAACGAUAUCGGUGGUGCAGCAGCCGGACUUGUCAGAAAUACCGCUGACACGAGCGAAAGCUAAAUUCAAAGGGUAUUUUAAAAUAGCUCGUCAUUACCGAUUUGCGUUGAAUUACAUAUUCCGACAUUUGGGACACGAGGCUGUGAUUAUUGUUGAAGACGAUUUGGAUAUAUCACCGGACUUUUUUGAAUACUUUCUCGGGACCUAUCCGUUAUUAUUAAGAGACCCAAGUAUAUGGUGUAUAUCAGCAUGGAACGACAAUGGAAAGAAGGAAUUGAUAGAUAUAAAUCGUCCAGAACUCCUUCAUAGAACCGAUUUCUUCCCUGGACUGGGGUGGAUACUGAGGAGUGAGACCUGGGACCAGUUGGAAACUAAAUGGCCUGAGGCUUUUUUUGACGACUGGCUAAGGGAUCCGCGAAAUACCGAAGGUCGUUCGUGUAUCAGACCCGAAGUGUCAAGGACUUACUCGUUUGGAAAGGUUGGAGUGAGUAAAGGUCUAUUCUUCGACCUCCACUUGCGAUAUAUGCAGCUCAAUGGCGAAUUUGUCGAAUUCACAAAAUUGAACCUCACUUAUCUCAUCAAAGACGUAUACGACGACAACCUAACAUCACUGGUUGCGGCACUGCCGGAGUCCUCAGCCGAGGACGUGAUAAUGGGCUAUGGAACUGGUCCAGUUCGGGUCGUGUACAGUAACGCUAAGAGUUACCAGCGAGCUGCUAAGAAACUUGGGUUGAUGGACGAUUUUAGGAGCGGCAUACCUCGGACUGCUUACCGUGGUAUUGUGACGUGUUUCAUUAAAGGUCGUCGGGUUUAUUUGGCCCCGAGCUAUGAAUGGACUAAAUACGACCCCAACUGGGGCUAACGCUGGUAACGGCUCAUCAUUGAUAAAAUGAUGUAUUGAGCCUUGUUAACUUAAACGUAUAUCAGAAUAUACAGGCCAAUCAAAUGUGUCAGAAACUUAUAGUACAGUGUGAUGGACCACUUCCGGAAAUAAGCGCGGGUUUUUUGAAGAUUAGACUUUUAAUUUUUUUUUUAGAUUCAUGCGUUUAUUUUAUAUAACAUUCCGUCAAGAUAUUUAUAUGAAGUAUUGUUUUAAUAAUAUUUGCGCUAAAAUGACGUUCACGUCAUGUGCUAUGUUUAAGUCAUGAUUCGAGCAGCUGACAUUUUGUAACGCCACGUUAUGACACAUAACGUACUCUGUGGCAGUCCUAAUUUCAUAUACAGCUAGUCCGGGGGCUUAGUCGGGGUGCGUUAACUGUAGUGUAUGAAAAAUUGUCGACACGAACUAUAAUUUUCAUACAAUUUUAGUUUUCCACUUUCUACACUACUAUUAAGGCAUGUUGACUAAGCCCCCUGUUUUAAACAAACGCAGAAAUGCCUGCCCUUGUCAAUCACAUGUAGUGUGUAGUUAAUACAAUUUAUGGCAGGGGUUAGACGGUCAAUAUUUGUUGAUUGUGUGUGUGCGUGUUGAUUUGGAUGAGAGAUAAGAUUUUGGAUCACCGUUUUUACAAAUUAAACCUCGGCAAAGUAUUUUUGUGUUUAUUAAAAAAUUAAACCACAUAACUGAUUACGAAAAUUUAUUGUUUUAGUGAACUUACAAAAUAGCAUUAAGGUAAGUUAGUUUGGCUUGUAUUAUGGCAAUACAGGCCUUACUUUUAACGUCCUUUAUUACGAGACACAUCUACUCUGAAGAAUGAUCUUCUGACUACUGACGAUAUGAAAGUCAAUAUAUCUAUUAAAAGUAUCGUGAUAUUGGAUCGCUAUAUUUAUUGACCGUUUGACCCCUGCCUAUGUGAAUAGGACUUUUGUUCUUGAAAGUAUAAUAUCUGUAAAAAUCGGUAUUUUCUGUUUACAAUUUGUUUUUUUUUAAUUUGCUUGUCUUAAGAUUCUAUCAAAAAGCAAACAUAAAAAGAAAUUGUUUAUGUUAAAUACCCCUGAAUAGUUAAACCAUGAAAUGCCAGAAUGCAUUUUUAAAUGUUAAAUAAAUAAAUGUUAAGUAUUUAAUAAAGCAAUCCUUUGACAAUUUACUAAAUGUAUGUUAAUAUAAUAAAAGACUGUGAUGUGUAUUGUAUAUAA